CGGGGAGGCUGCACGCCACCGCCAGCGCCGCCGCCGCCCGGAGCAUCUGCCGCCUGAGCUGCGGAUCGCGGCCGCCGCCCGGGCCAUGGAGACACUGAACGGCCCCGCGGGCGGCGGCGCCGCGGACUCCAAGCCGCAGCCAGCCGGCCAGCAUCACCGCCACCACCACCUGCACCCCCUGGCCGAGAGGAGGCGGCUGCACCGCGCACCCUCGCCCGCCAGACCUUUCCUCAAGGAUCUGCACACGCGGCCCGCCACGGCCACCCCCUCUGCGGCCCGUGCCCCGACUCCCGCCGCUCCUCGCUCGCCCAACCUCGCCGGGAAGGCGCCGCCGUCGCCCGGGCCCCCGGCCGCAGCCGGCCGCCUCUCCCGACGCAGCGGCGUAGUCCCCGGCGCGAAGGACAAGCCGCCGCCGGGCGCCGGAGCCAGGUCGGCGGGUGGCGCCAAGGCCGCCCCGGGGACUAGGAGGGCGGCGCGCGCGGGGCCGGCGGAACCCCUGUCCCGGGUCGGGAGGCCGGCUGGGGCCGAGCCGCCGCCUGCCGUCGCGAAGGGCCGCAAAGCCAAGCGGAGCCCCGGGACUCCUCCAGCUCGCACCGUCGGGCCCCCGGCUCCCGUCGCCCGGGUCCCCGCCGUGACCCUCUCGGUGACCUCGGUGGCCGGCUCGCGUAUCAGCCACACGGACAGCAGCUCGGAUCUCUCCGACUGUGCCUCCGAACCCUUGUCUGAUGAGCAGCGUCUGCUCCCCGCCGCCAGCAGCGACGCCGAGUCGGGUACCGGUUCCAGUGACCGGGAGCCCCUGCGCGGAGCACCCACCCAGACCUCCGGAGCCCGCGGGCCGCCGCCGGGCAGCCCUGAGUCCCCCGCGCUGCUCACGGCGCCCCCUGUCGCUGGUGCCGGUCUCGGGGGCCGAAGCAGCCCAGGCGGGGCCCCCUCAGGGUCCCCGGGACCCGGUUCGGUGGAGGAUGUUGGGGGCCGAACGCCACCGGAGCGGACGAUUCUCGGGACACCCAGGGAGCCUAACUUGGGCGAGCAGCCCCGGCUCCUGGUGGUGGCUGAGGAAGAAGAGUUGCUGAGGGAGAUGGAGGAACUGCGUUCGGAAAAUGACUACCUCAAGGACGAGCUGGAUGAACUCCGUGCAGAGAUGGAAGAGAUGAGGGACAGCUAUCUAGAAGAGGACGGUUAUCAGCUGCAGGAGCUCCGGAGAGAGCUGGACCGUGCUAACAAGAACUGCAGGAUCCUGCAGUACCGACUCAGGAAGGCUGAGCAGAAAAGUCUGAAAGUGGCAGAAACAGGGCAGGUGGACGGGGAACUUAUCAGAAGCCUGGAGCAAGACUUGAAGGUCGCCAAAGACGUGUCUGUCAGAUUGCACCACGAACUGGAGACUGUGGAGGAGAAGCGUGCUAAGGCAGAAGAUGACAAUGAAACUCUCCGGCAGCAGAUGAUCGAGGUGGAGAUAUCCAGACAGGCCCUCCAGAAUGAGCUGGAGAGAUUCAAAGAGAGUUCCCUGAAGAGAAGAGGCAGCCGGGAAAUGUACAAAGAGAAGAAAAGUCUUAGCCAGGAUGACAGCGCGGAUCUGAAGUGCCAGCUUCAGUUUGCCAAAGAGGAAGCCUCCCUGAUGCGCAAAAAGAUGGCCAAGCUAGGUCGGGAGAAGGACGAGUUAGAGCAGGAGCUGCAGAAGUAUAAGUCCCUCUAUGGUGAUGUGGACAGCCCGCUCCCAACAGGGGAGGCUGGUGGGCCCCCCAGCACCAGGGAGGCAGAGCUGAAGCUGCGGCUGAAGUUGGUGGAGGAGGAAGCCAACAUCUUGGGCCGGAAGAUCGUGGAACUAGAGGUGGAAAACCGCGGCCUCAAAGCCGAGAUGGAGGACAUGCGGGCUCAGCACGAGCGAGAGGGAACAGGCAGGGACCACGUGCCAAGCAUUCCUACCUCACCCUUCGGGGACUCACUGGAGUCCUCCACGGAGCUCCGUCGGCACCUACAGUUUGUGGAGGAAGAAGCUGAGUUGCUGAGGAGGUCCAUAUCGGAGAUCGAAGACCACAAUCGGCAGCUGACCCACGAGCUGAGCAAGUUCAAGUUUGAGCCUCACCAGGAGUUGUCAGGGUGGCUUGGGGACAGUGUAUCUAAGGGUCCCGGGGCCAGUGUUCCCCUGCAGGAGGAGCUGAAGUCGGCCAGGCUGCAGAUCGAUGAGCUGAAUGGGAAGGUCCUGAAGCUGCAGUAUGAGAACCGGCUGCUGCUGUCCCACGCCCAGCGGUGCGAUCUUGCCGCGCACCUGGGGCUGCGCGCCCCGAGCCCCCGAGACAGUGACGCCGAGAGUGACGCCGGCAAGAAAGAAAGCGACGGGGAGGAGUGCCGCCUGCCCCAGCCGAAGCGAGAAGGCCCCGUUGGUGGGGAGAGCGACUCCGAGGACGUAUGCGAGAAGACCUCGGGCUUUGGAAGUGGAAAGCCUUCAGAGGCGAGUGAGCCGUGCCCAGCAGAGCUCCUAAGAGCCCGGGAAGACACCGAGUGCCUGGUGACCAUAAAGCAGGAGGCCCAGCGGCUGGAGCGGACCGUGGAGCGCCUCAUCACUGACACAGACGGUUUCAUCCACGAUUCAGGCCUGCGGGGCAGUGGAUCGGCCUCGCCUGGCGUCCAAGGCGAAGGCGAGGGUAGUAGCCAGAACGAGCCCCCCUACUUGUUGGAGACCAUCCACGUGAAGAUGAAGGCUUUCAGGAAGGAGCUGCAAGCCUUCCUGGAGCAGAUGACCCGGAUUGUGGACGGUCUGUCGCCCUUAUCCCACCUCACAGAGUCAUCCAGCUUCCUCUCCACCGUGACUUCGGUGUCCCGGGACUCCCCCAUCGGGACCCUGGGGAAGGAGCUGGGCCCAGACCUGCAGUCCAAACUGAGAGACCAGCUGGAGUGGCAACUCAGUCAGGAUAGAGGGGACGAGAGAGAGGGCCUGCGCCCCCGAACCACUCGGGAGCUGCACCGGCGUGCUGAUGGGGAUCCCGGGAGCCACGGGCUGGGAGGCCAGAGCUGUUUCAACCUAGAGCUCAGGGGCUCCCCUGUUUUACCUGAGCAGAGUGUGUCCGUAGAAGAGCUACAGGGUCAGCUCGUGCAGGCGGCCAGACUGCAUCAAGAGGAGACAGAGACAUACACAAACAAGAUCCGGAAGAUGGAAGAGGACCACCUCUACGCUCUGCGGUGGAAAGAGCUGGAGAUGCACAGCCUGGCCUUGCAGAACACCCUCCACAAGCGAACCUGGAGCGACGAGAAGAACUUGCUGCAGCAGGAGCUGAGGUCCCUGAGGCAGAACAUCUUCCUUUUCUACGUCAAGCUCAGGUGGCUGCUGAAACACUGGCGGCAGGGCAAGCAGAUGGAGGACGGAGGAGAGGACCUCAGGGAGAGUGAACAGCCAGACAAUGUGCCUGGGUUUGUGGAGCUCGGCAUCCAGGGGGGCCACCAGACAGAUGGAACAGACCAAGAAGAUGCUGACCAAGGCUGCGGCCUUCCCAUGGGAGAGCUUGCCCCACACUCCCCAGUACACAUCGGUGAACAUGGAUCACGGCUGCAGACUACAGAAGGGGGACCACUCAACAGGCAGGUGGGGGAAAACCAGCAGCUGUUCAGGGCCCUCAAGGCCCUGCUGGAGGACUUCCGUUCGGAGCUGCGGGAGGACGAACAUGCCCGGCUCCGCCUACAGCAGCAGUAUGCCAGCGACAAGGCUGCCUGGGAUGUGGAGUGGGCCGUGCUCAAGUGCCGCCUGGAGCAGCUGGAAGAGAAGGCAGAGAAAAGCUUGGGAGAGCUCGACUCCUCUGCUGAGGGCAAAGGGGCCUUGAAGAAGGAGAGAGAAGUCCACCAGAAGCUCCUGGCUGACAGCCACGGCCUGGUCAUGGACCUGCGCUGGCAGAUCCAUCACCGGGAGAAGAACUGGAACCGAGAGAAGGUGGAGCUGCUGGAGCGUCUGGACAGCGAGCGCCAGGAGUGGGGGCGUCAGAAGGAGGAGCUGCUGUGGCGGGUGGAGCAGUUGCAGAAAGAGAACAGUCCCCGGAGAAGUGGCAGUUUCCUCUGCAGUCAAAAGGAAGACAACACUCGCCCUUUCCCACACCAAGGAGGCCUCCGUGCGCCCCGACCUGUGUCCAUAUGGCCCUGUGCAGACACUGACUCCAUCCCAUUUGAAGACCGGCCGCUUUCCAAACUGAAGGAGUCGGACAGGUGCUCAGCCAGCGAGAACCUGUACUUGGAUGCUUUAUCCCUGGAUGAUGAACCAGAGGACCCGCCACCCCUCAGGAACUGCAGUAUUGCCGAGGAAGAAGAAAGUUGCAAGGGAAAUCUUCAAAGGGCUGUGUCCGUGUCCUGUAUGUCUGAAUUCCAGCGUCUGAUGGAUGUCUCCCCAUUCCUGCCUGAGAAGGGCCUGCCGUCUGCCAGCAGCAAGGAGGACGUCACUCCGCCCUGCUCCGAUGACCUGAAGUACAUCGAGGAGUUCAACAGCAAAAACUGGGACUACACUCCCCCCAGGACUGGGACCGAUAGGCCUCCAGACCUCUGGGCAGACAGGACCGAGGUGGGGCGGGUAGGACAUGAGGCCACCACAGAGCCUUUCCCUGUCUCCUGGUACCUGACCACAAGUGUCACCAUGACGACGGACACCAUGACCAGCCCGGAGCACUGCCAGAAGCAGCCCCUGCGGAGCCACGUCCUCACCGAGCAGUCUGGGGUGCAUGUGUUGCACAGCCCACCUGCUCUCCGCCGGGUUGACAGUCUAGUGUCGGGUGGGGAGGGCAGGAGCCGAGGGGACCCCGAGGGCCCCUUCCCCGUGAGCAGAGCAAGAGGGAACCUGGCAGAUGCCAAGGGAGGUCAUCCGGAACCUGUGCUCAACAGAUGGCCUUGCACCCCACCCAGGCACCCCCGAGACUAUGUGGAGGGGUCCCUCCGCCCCCUAGACAGACCUGUCUGCCCCUCCCUGGGGUUCACCUCCCCACUGCACAGCCUAGAUAUGUCUAAGAACAUGAGUGAUGACAUGAAGGAGGUGGCCUUCUCUGUCAGGCAUGCCAUCUGCUCUGGUCCCGCUGAGCCACAAGUCAGGGAUAUGGCCUGCCAGACCAACGGGUCCAGGACCACAGGGACACAGACCAUCCAGACAAUCAGUGUGGGCCUGCAGACUGAGGCACUGCGGGCCGGCGGCGUCACCAGCAGCCCCCACAAGUGUCUCACGCCAAAAGCCGGAGGUGGCACUACCCCCGUGUCCUCUCCUUCCCGAAGCCUUAGGAACAGGCAGGUGGCCCCUGCCUUCGAGAAGGUGCAGGCCAAGGUUGAACGCACCUGCUGCUCCCCAAAGUAUGGUUCCCCCAAGCUUCAGAGAAAGCCCCUCUCAAAAGCUGACCAGCCAAAUAGCAGGACCUCACCAGGCAUGGCCCAGAAAGGGUUCAGCGAGUCGGCCUGGGCCCGCUCCACCACCACCAGGGAGAGCCCUGUGCACACCACCAUCAACGAUGGCCUCUCCAGCCUCUUCAACAUCAUUGACCACAGUCCCGUCGGGUUGCGAGCCGGGAGCCGCUCUCGCUCAGCGGAACCUCGCCAGGAGCUGGGUCCAGGCCAGGAAACAGGCACUAAUUCCCGAGGGAGGUCGCCCAGCCCCCUAGGGGUGGGCUCGGAGACGUGCAGGGACGAUGGUGGAGAGAGCACACCUGUGAGACAGGACUUAUCUGCGCCCCCUGGCUAUACACUCACUGAGAGUGUGGCCCGGAUCCUCAACAAAAAGUUGUUGGAGCAUGCCUUAAAGGAGAAGCUAGCCAGCACCCACAGCCCCUCCGGUCUCACCAGCGACAGCCACACCGGAGAAGCAGGACCAGCUGAACCAGGAUCCAUGGAGGAACUACCUUGUUCUGCACUGGCGCCAUCCCUAGAGCCCUGCUUCUCCAGGCCAGAGAGACCAGCAAACCGUCGCCUUCCAUCCCGCUGGGCCCCGCCUUCCCCCACCGCCUCCCAGUCUCAGUCACCUGGAGACCCAGUGUCAGUGUCCUUGGAGGAACACGGUGAGGAGGAGGCACCCGAGGAGAAGCCACACCUGUGACAUGAUGCAAGCUUGCAUGGAUUAUCACCGGAAUAA